AGUAAAUCAACAAAUUCUAAAAUAAAAAUUUAAAUAUUGUGAACUUUGUGAAACAAAGAAUGGUGUUUAUAAAUCAAAAUUAAAUUAAAUUAAAUUAGAGUUUGUUUACUAGUUUUGUUUUGGUCUUUUUUUUCCUUUUCUGUAACUUCCCAACAAAAAGUCAGCAAUGGACGGUAUGUCAUUUGACUCUGAUAUGGAAUAUUCGGAUAAUGAUUGUUACGAUGAUGACGAUUAUUAUAAUAUGGGAGAUGACUGUGAUAUUGAACAAAUUGAUCCGAGUAAAACUGAUCCCGAAUAUUUUGCAUAUGAUUGUUUAACUGUCGAAGAAGUUGAACGAUUGUUAAAUGAGUCUGUUGAAAUUCUCAGCAAUAAUUUACAAAUAACACCAUCGUUAGCAAAAGUUUUGUUACAUGCUCAUGGCUGGCAAACUCAGGAAGUCUUAUUAAAAUAUCGAGAUAAUUCAAAACUCCUAAAUGGUAUACGUCGUGGUUUGGGCGCACAAAUGAAACCAUCGACAACUGUGCCUAACAGUGCUUCCCCAAGUUGUAGUCUCUCAACUACAUCAGCGGCUGUGAAAAAUAAUGCAUCGUCAUCAUCACAACAAGUUCAGUGUCCCGUUUGUAUGGUGGCACAUUUGCCUGAAAAAUUUUGUGGCCUACCAUGUGGUCAUGCAUUCUGUACGGAGUGUUGGGCAAUGCAUUUUGAAGUACAAAUUAUGCAAGGUAUUUCAACUGACAUUUGUUGUAUGGCCACUGAUUGUGAUGUAUUGGUUCCAGAAGAUUUAGUCUUAAGUUUUUUAAUGCCUCGACCAGCACUUAGAAAUCGUUAUCAACAAUUUGCAUUUCAAGAUUAUGUAAGGUCUCAUCCACAAUUACGUUUUUGUCCCGGCCCAAAUUGUCCACUGGUAUUGCGUGCCAAAGAGCCACGUGCGAAACGUGCCACAUGUAGCCAAUGUAAAACAACACUUUGUUUCAAAUGUGGUACAGAUUAUCAUGCGCCAACCGAUUGUGGUAUAAUUAAAAAGUGGCUUACCAAAUGUGCCGACGAUAGUGAAACUGCAAAUUAUAUAAGUGCUCAUACUAAGGAUUGCCCAAAAUGUCAUAUAUGUAUUGAGAAAAAUGGCGGUUGUAAUCAUAUGCAAUGUUAUAAUUGUAAAUAUGACUUUUGUUGGAUGUGUCUUGGUGAUUGGAAAGCACAUGGUUCUGAAUAUUACGAGUGUUCACGUUAUAAAGAAAAUCCAAAUAUUGCUCAUGAAUCCGUUCAUGCACAGUUUUGUUCGCAGGCACGCGAAGCAUUAAAAAAAUAUUUACAUUAUUACGAACGUUGGGAAAAUCAUUCAAAAUCACUACGCUUAGAAAAACAAACGUUAGAUCGUUUAAAAGCACGCAUCAAUCAAGAAGUAAUGGGUAAUCGUGGUACAUGGAUCGAUUGGCAAUAUUUAUUCGUCGCUGCAUCCCUCUUAGCAAAAUGCCGUUACACGUUACAGUAUACAUAUCCAUAUGCAUACUUUAUGGAAGCUGGACCUAGAAAAGAGCUAUUCGAAUAUCAACAAGCACAAUUAGAGGCUGAAAUCGAGAAUUUAUCAUGGAAAAUUGAACGGGCUGAAUCAACGGAUCGUGGUGAUUUAGAAAAUCAAAUGGAUAUUGCUGAAAAAAGGCGUACAACUUUAUUAAAAGACUUUUUAGAUGUCUGAUAAUAUUUGAAUAUUAUUUCCGAAAUCCACCAAUAGAGUGCAUUUAACAUAAAACACCAAACAAAAUCCACCAUUGAAUAUAAUGAAUGAGUCCGCUUUUUUAGAUGCGCUAACAGAACAAUUUGAGUUGAAUUUAUAUACGCUAAGAUUACAUGAACGUCAAUUUUAACGUACGUUUAUUAAAAUUAUAUGAUGUUAAAUGAACGUACGUUUGAUGGAUCGUGUGACCUUAGCCAUAGCAAUGUAAAAACAUAAAAAAAUCGAUGGAUUUUAUUAUAAAAAAUAAAUACAAAGUGUUCCAAAAAAAUGAAUACACUCUUUUAUAUAGAUAUUUAUAUAGGUAGAAUUUCAAAAUCCAAAAUAAUGUAAUAUAUGUUAAAACCAGUAAUUUAUCGGAAGGGUUCAGAUUGUUAGCUAUUGUGAUCUGGCUUUACAGCGCUGGCCAAUGAAAUCCAAAACUUUCAAAAUCGUUACUGGUUAAACUGGUCUUGUAUUGUAAAAAUUGUGAAUUUGACUUGGUAAACCCUUUCGAUGAUUUCUUGUUCUCUUUGAAGGGUCGUUAGGUGAUCAUUGUCAUCCAAAUACACUCCACAAAAAUAAAAACACGAAACAUUUAGUUUCAAUAAAAACACAACAUGUUUGCAGACAUGUUACUUUAUUCUUUUUGGGCUCUACUUGGGCUCAUUUUAAGGACAAAGUAGUGAACUUGAAAAUGUAGUACUCGAAAUUUUCUAUUAAUUUAACCCCGGACUCCGGACACAAUACAUUGAUUUUUGGUUUCGGUUAAAAUUUUUUGAAAACUGUGACUUAAGGUAGUUUUUAUCAUGCUGAUAAAAGUUUUUAUGGACUCAACCCUCAAAAACCGUUCCCUUCCGAGCUACGACCCUUCAAAGGCUAUGCCAACAUGAGAUAUUGGUUUUUGGUUUCGGUUAAAAUUUUUGACCAUGGAUUAAGGUAGUUACGCUGAUUAUGCUGAUCAAAAGUUUUUAUGGACUCAACCAUCAAAAACCCUGCGCUUUCUAGCUACGGCCCAUUAUAGGUAUAAUUUUUGAAGGGUAGUAGCGUGGAAGGGAAGGAGUUUGUGAGGGUUGAAUCCAUAAGAACUUUUUAUCAUCAUGAUCAAAACUACCUUAAUCCAUAGUUUGAAAAUUAUGAAUAUAUGAAAAUUAUUCGGUUGAAUUAAUUCAACCGAAAUAAAAAAUUAAUAUCUCAUGUAGGCAUAACCUUUGAAGGAUCGUGACUGGGAAGGGUUUCUGAGGGUUGAGUCCGUAAGAACUGUGGAUCAGCAUGAUCAAGACUACCUUAAUCCAUAGUUUAAAAAAAAUUUUAACCGAAACCAAAAAUCAGUCUAUUGUGUCCGGGGUCCUAUACAUACUAAAUUAACAUAGAACAAGUGAAAACAAACAAUUGACUGAAUUGUUGAAAUACCAUGUAUA